AUGGAAAGGAAAACAGGAAUUAUAUGUACCAUUGGACCAGCUUGUGAAAGUGUAGAUAAGUUAAAAGAAAUGAUAUCAUCAGGCAUGAAUAUUGCACGUUUGAAUUUUACCCAUGGAUCACACGAAGACUAUGCAACUACAAUAAAAAAUAUACACGAAGCAGUGCGAAGUUUUCAUCAAAAGCCAUUAAUUGGAAUUGCUUUGGACACUAACGGACCUGGAAUUCAUACCGGACUUAUCAAUGGAUCCGCUACGGCGGAAAUAGAACUGAAACAAGGCGCAAAAAUUAAGCUUACAACAGACAAGGCUAUGACUUCGAAAUCCAGUGCUAAUGAAUUAUACGUUGACUAUGAGAAUAUGCCUAAAAUUUUGAAUCCUGGGGCGCAUAUAUUCAUCGACGAUGGGCUCAUUUCAUUGGUGGUAGAUAGCAUCCAGGGAAAGGAUAUAAUGUGUACAAUCGAGAACGGAGGCAAAUUAGGUAGUAAAAAAUGUGUCAACCUUCCUGGUAUUAAGUGCGAUUUGCCUGUCGUUACCGACAAAGACAUUAAAGAUUUGAAAUUCGGUGUCGAACAGGGUGUUGAUAUGAUAUUUGCAUCAUUGGUUCGAAACGCUGAAGGCGUCCGUGCAAUUCGACGUAAUCUUGGCGAGAAAGGAAGAAUUAUUAAAAUUAUAGCAAAAAUUGAAAAUCAAGAAGGCAUUGAUAACAUAGAUGAAAUAAUCAGAGAAGCAGAUGGAAUAAUGAUAGCACGUGGUAGUUUGGGAAUUGAAAUUCCCACUGAGAAAGUAUUCGCAGCGCAGAAAAUGUUAAUAGCACGUUGUAAUGCAGCCGGGAAGCCUGUUAUAUGUGCUGCUCAAAUGCUUGAUUCAAUGAUUAAGAAGCCAAGACCUACCCGAGCUGAGGGUACUGAUGUCGCAAAUGCAGUACUAGAUGGCAUUGAUUGCGUCAUGUUGGGCGGUGAAACAGCAAGAGGGGACUAUCCCGUAUUAGCGCUAAUGACCAUGAGUAAGUUAUGUCUGGAAGCUGAAUUAAUCGUAAAUUAUCACGAAGUAUUUCGUGAGGCUCUUCUUUGCAUGAAGAAACCUCCAGAAAUCACACAAACAAUUGCAAUUGCAGCUGUUUCAGCAGCAUUUUCAUGCAAUUCAAGCGCUAUCAUAGUGCUAACUACCACGGGACACUCCGCUAGUUUGGUCAGUCGUUAUCGUCCCAUGGCACCAAUCAUUGCAAUAACCCGAGAAGAGCAAGCUGCUCGACAAAUGCAUUUGUUUCGUGGUGUACAUCCAAUACUUUAUACUGAGCCAAAAAAUGAGGACUGGAAGGCUGAUAUUGACCUACGAGUGGCUCAAGGUAUAAAAGAAGGACAGGCUCAUAGUUUUAUAAAAUCGAAUGACUUGAUCAUCAUUAUCACAGGAUGGUCUAAAGGAUCCGGACAUACAAACACAAUGCGCAUUAUCAGAGUACCAUGA